AUGCUCGCCAUGAUCCGCAAGAUGCCCCUUGAGGUCUAUCCCAUCUUUGGCAUGAUCGGCAUCGCCAUGACCUUCGGUGGCUACAUUGUCCAAAAGAAGGUCCGCUUCGACCAGGACCUCCGAAUCCGCAACGACAUGGGCUACAACCCCAACCACUGGGCCCACCGUCUCUCGGGCCGCGAGUAA